AUGCCCUUAACAAAAUCUUGUCUAUCAGCUCAUGAUCAGCAAGUUUUAGAAUCGAUCUUCAAUCCUCUGGAAUUAACUUCUUCUUUGGAAGCACAACUCAUUAAUCCAGAUUCUACCGAACCUUUAGUGGAUCAAGAUGAGGCACUCGGUUGUGAAGUGGAAAUAUUAAAGAAAUCCAAACAAUUGGAAAUAGAAGCUGUAAAAUUGGCUGAAGAAGAGAAAUUGGAAGAAGCUUUGGAAAAGUUUAAGGAAUCUUUAGAAUUGACACCCAAAAGGGCUUCAAUUUAUAAUAAUCGGGCACAGGCUUUAAGAUUAGCUGGGAAAGAUGAGGCCGCUUUUGACGACCUCAAUCAAGCUUUGGAGAAUUGUUUAAAUCAAGCCAAAUCCAAAUGUCAUGCCUUGUGCCAGCGUGGCGUACUUUACCGCAAACAAAACAAAUUGGAUGAAGCCCGCCAAGAUUUUGAAGAAGCCGCCAAAAUGGGCAGUAAAUUUGCCAAACAACAAUUGGUGGAAAUUAAUCCGUUUGCAGCUUUGUGUAAUCAAAUGUUAAGACAAGCUUUUCAACAAUUAGAGAAAUAAUAAAUAAAGAGAGUAACAGAGAGAAAAAUUAAAGAAGGGAAAUGGGUUUUAAUUACAGGAUUUAGAAUAGAAUUAGAAAAGUAAGAAAGAAAUAGAGAGAAAAUAAUAAAAAAUGGUAAUUGAGGAAAGAGAGUAUUUUAAGAGAACUUUUAUAAUGAAAACAGGUUAAGUUGUAAUUGUAAUUAAGUUUGUUUUUUAGUUAAUAUUAAUUACAACUAACAUGAAUUUCUUCUUAAUGAUAAAUGAAAUAAAUAAUUCAUUAAAUGUU